CCGGUUGAGUUUAGGAGAUCACCUUGAGCAGCUGGGUGUAAGAGAAAUACGUCAGUCUAGCAGUUGUUCAUCGAAGUAAGGACUUCUUCAAAAUCUGCCAUCAUGCCCGGUUCAAAGUCUCAAGAUAUGGGCUCUGCCUUCGUCCAGACGCAGCAGCUCGGCGCUGCCAUGGCCGACACCUUCCUGGAGCACAUGUGCCUGCUGGACAUUGACUCUGAGCCCACCACCGCCCGCAACACUGGCAUCAUCUGCACUAUUGGGCCAGCCUCCCGCAGUGUGGACAUGCUGAAGGAGAUGAUCAAGUCUGGGAUGAACAUCGCUCGCAUGAACUUCUCCCAUGGAUCUCACGAGUACCACUGUGAGACUAUUAAGAAUGUGCGUGAGGCCUGUGAAAGCUUUGAGGCUGGCAGCAUCCACUACCGCCCCGUGGCCAUUGCUCUGGACACCAAGGGACCUGAGAUCAGGACUGGACUUAUCAAGGGAAGUGGCACAUCUGAGGUGGAGCUGAAGAAGGGCAACAUGAUCAAGUUGACCCUGGAUGAUGCCUAUCAGGAGAACUGUGAUGAAGACAAUCUGUGGCUGGACUACAAGAACAUCACCAGGGUGGUGGAGCAGGGCAGCAAGAUCUACAUUGACGACGGACUCGUGUCCCUCCAGGUCAAGGAGAUCGGUGAGGACUACCUGAUGUGUGAGAUUGAGAAUGGAGGGACCCUGGGCAGUAAGAAGGGUGUGAACCUGCCUGGUGCUGCUGUGGACCUGCCUGCCGUCUCUGACAAGGACAUCUCUGACCUGACCUUCGGCGUGGAGCAAGGAGUGGACAUGGUGUUCGCCUCUUUCAUCCGUAAAGCAGCUGACGUGCACGCUGUCAGGAAGGUGCUGGGAGAGAAGGGCAAGAACAUCAAGAUCAUCAGCAAGCUGGAGAACCACGAGGGAGUGCGCAGGUUUGAUGAAAUCAUGGAAGCCAGUGAUGGCAUCAUGGUUGCCCGUGGAGACCUGGGAAUUGAGAUCCCCACAGAGAAGGUGUUCUUGGCCCAGAAGAUGAUGAUUGGCCGCUGCAACAAAGCCGGCAAGCCAAUCACCUGUGCUACACAGAUGUUAGAGAGCAUGAUAAAGAAGCCCAGGCCCACCCGCGCUGAGGGCAGUGACGUGGCCAACGCCGUGCUGGAUGGAGCUGACUGCAUCAUGCUGAGUGGAGAGACCGCCAAGGGAGACUACCCACUGGAGGCUGUCCGCACACAGCACAUGAUUGCUCGCGAGGCAGAAGCAGCCAUGUUCCAUCGGCAGGUGUUCGAGGACCUGCGGCGCGCCGCACCACACUCCACCGACCCGGCCGAGGCUAUCGCCAUCGGAGCCGUGGAGGCGUCCUUUAAGAUCUUGUCCUCUGCGUUCAUUGUGCUCACUAACUCUGGAAGGUCAGCCCACCUGAUCUCCAGGUACAGGCCCCGCGCCCCCAUCAUUGCUGUGACCCGUAACGGCCAGACCGCCCGCCAGGCCCACCUGUAUCGUGGGAUCUUCCCCGUCUUCUACAACAAGCCUGCCCACGAUGUCUGGGCCGAGGACGUCGACCUCAGGGUCAACUUCGCCAUGGAAAUGGGAAAGGAGCGAGGGUUCUUCAAGGAGGGAGAUGUGGUGAUCGUCCUGACCGGAUGGCGCCCAGGCUCAGGCUACACUAACACCAUGCGUGUGGUCGUGGUUCCUUGAAUUAUGACUACCCUCCUUUCCCCUUCUCACCCCUCCACUGUCUUUCCCUUGUCCCUCUGCUCACCACCCCCUGUCCCAACACCAGGGCUGACAUCCCACAACAGUUUAGACUCACUGAAACAAACACCUGGUGGUGACUUAACCAAUAGGAAAUCUCCCCACUACAAUCCACUCCUCUCCAGGGUUCCCCUCAUGUAGGUGUGUUCUGUUCUCCAAUCUCCAGGGUAUCUGUAUGCGCCAACCAGAAAUGGCUGUAUUUAUUCACACACAAAAAAACAUGUAUGACUCUUACAUUCAAACCAGACUGAAAGGCUAGGUUGCAGAGCUAUUGAUCUGUGCAUCCUGGGCUCUUCUGUUUUGAGAGGGAGGUGGGGCACACCUUAAGAGAGCCUGCUGUACUGUAACUUGUAAAUAAAACACACACUCCCAUUCCUAUAACGCGAACAAAAUGGCGGCGAUCCGAAGCGAACAGCUUUUCUUUAUGACCCUGUCAGUUAAACUCUUCUCCCAUACAUAGCUCCUUGUAGUGCUGUCUAUUUACAUUGUGCACUGUAUACUUGCUUUCUUUACACUCACAAUCUACUGUAGACAAUGUUACAUUCUGUGUUAUACUUUUGUGAAAGGUGAAUUUAGAUUCUGGGCAUCCAAUACUAUGUAUAUUUUGUCUAACAUAGAGAAAUCCUAUAAUGUAUUGGGUGUCCAUGUUAGUUUGACUACAGUUUUUGUUUUGUGUGUUGAAGUAUUCUUAAAGCCCUCAAAUGUAUUUGUAUUUUGGUCAUAUAACUAAGUUGGCACUUAAGAACCACUGUAUGUAAGCUGCUACAUGGUUCUCUCAAAUUAAUGAUGUAUGAGUUUAGUACUUUGAGGGUCUUUCAGAGGGCACUGGGGGGUGGAUAAAGGGAUGAGUUGGACCUGCUCUCUAGUUCCUGUCGGUGAUCUAGUGUGUGUGUUUAAAUGUCCAACUGCUUCUUUGAUUGUGAUGGUAGGGUCUAACACAAUGUUAACUGGUGUAAUGAGUUGUCCUUCAUUAAAAGAGACGAGCACCUGUCUU